AGCGGGCUGCGCCGUUCGUGUCCACGCAGCCCGCUUUGACGAUAUCGUGUUCAGUGCAAAUGAUUUUGUUUUUAUGGCGCUCAUAUUACUACAAGUGUUGGUGUUGGGUGUGAUCGCGGCUGCCGUCGACGAUGUGCCGGUAACAUGGUCGCCGAGCGGCCGCAGCGCGGUGCUGGGCUGCGAGGUGGCGGGCUGGUCGCGCGUGCAGGCCCGCCGCCCGCCGCCGCCGCUCGACGAUGAGCGGGCGUUCUGGCCGGCGGCCGCUUGGCGGAGAGGGGAUCGGGAGUUCUCUUAUAAACGGGUGUCCGAAAACAAUAAUUUUGAAGUACGCAAGAAUGGGGGUGGCGAUGGCGUCUACCAGUGCAAGGUGCGGCACCACGACGGUGCGGUGCUCGGAUAUCCAGUUAAUCUUAAAUUUUCAUAUAUGGACAAACUGUUUACAUCUCAACCUGAUGAUGUAAUGGCGAAGCUCGGACAGCCUCUAUCCAUUGCCUGCAGCAUCGGUUCAGGUCCUCCCGCCACUAUUACGUGGAAGAAGAAUGGAGAAACCCUUCCAGAAAAUCCUAGAUAUCAUCAGCUUCAACACGAGCUGCUGAUCACAGACGUAACGAGAGAAGAUGCUGGAGUGUACAAAUGUAUAGCAACAAACACAAACGCGGACAAGACGAAAUACAGCAGACCAGGUCGGGUGGAAGUCCAGGAGUCGUCAGAUGAGGAACCGGCGCUGUUACCAGUGAAGCAUGAGGCACAAGUGGCCAGGCCAAGAUGGAGUAACUUGAAACUUGCGUGUCCUGUCACAGGGUGGCCAAGACCUAAGUUAAUCUGGGAGCUGACACCCCCUGGGGGUAGGACCAGUGAGUUGGAGAGCAGCGAGGAGGUGCUGCAGUUGGUCAGCCUGGAUGAUGACCAGGUUGGGGUCUACUCCUGCUCCGUGGAGGGGAGGAGCGAUGUGGUUAAGACUUUCAACGUGACCUACACGGAGCCGGUUAUGAUCACGCUCCCACCUGUCUCCAAGGAGGCGAUGAGGGCCAGUACUGUGCGGUUCAACUGCACGGCGACAGGAACUCCAGCACCAAAGAUUACGUGGUACAAGGAUGCUGAGCUGCUGCAGCUGGCUGGCAGGAUAAAUUUACGAACAUCAGCGGACCGCAAGCGCAUCGAGUUGGUAAUCAGUGGAGUUACUUCCGACGAUGCAGGCGUGUACCAAUGUUUCGCGUCGAAUGGUAUAUCGAUAGCGUCCCAAUGGGGGGAGCUGAACGUGACGGGCCCGGGGGCUGCGGCCCCGCAGAGCGUGCAGUGCGCGCCCGCAGGCCCCGCGGCUGUGGCGCUCCGCUGGCGUCCUGCCGCCAGUCAGGUGAUCGCGUAUACUGUGGACUCGGCGCCCAGAGACAAGCCGGGCAACAUGCGCACAGAGCAACCGCACACGAACACGCAAGAAACGGUGAAACUCCGGGAACCGCUCACACCGUACAAGUUCCAAGUGCGCGCGUACAUCCCGCUGCCGACCAACAAGAACGUGGCCAGCGAUAUGUCCGAGAGCGUCGUGUGUAUGGGGCAGGGGGUGCCAAUAAAACUGCUAAAACAAGAGGACGGUAUCCUUGUUUCCUGGAGACAGUUCGCGUUCGACACUCCUGGUGUGGUGCAGUGGAUACUGCAGCUCGCUAACGACACGUCAGCAAGUGCUCACGUGACGAAUGUCACAUUGGAUGGAGCCGUGUAUAAUUAUACUAUUGAAGAACCAUCUUCCCAUCAAUACGUGCGAGUGCUCGGUUCGAGAACGUUGGAAUGGCUGCCACAGAACCUGUCCCUGGUGGAGUGGAGUAGUACAGACACGGCUGGCCUGGACACGGACGAUUGGGAAACAACAGCGAUUCCAUACGAGCUGGAAGCCCGCGAAGUAUCAGAGCACGGGUUCACACUGCAGUGGCGGUGUGAAGGUGCCCCAAGUGCGUACCUGGUGUGCGUGCGCAGGGUCGAUGGCGCGGAUGAGUGUCAGGAGAGUCAAAAACCAAGCGCCACAAUCGAGGGUCUGCAACCGGACAGCGAGUACGAGGUGCGUGUCAAAGUGCGCGCUUCCAACGCCUUCUCGUCGCCGUAUAGAGUGCAUACUGCGCCUGCUGGUCCGCCGCGUUUCAAGGAGCUGCGGUACGAGACGCUGAACGCGAGCGCGGUGCGCGUGCGCUGGGCGGGGCCGCGCGGCAACUACACCGUGCGGCACAGCGCGCGCCUGCGCCUGCCCGUCGAGCUGUGGGCCGCGCUGCACACCGCCGGCCCCAGCGCCGUGGUGAGUGUGGGGCCAGCGCUGGGCGGGGCCGCGCGGCAACUACACCGUGCGGCACAGCGCGCGCCUGCGCCUGCCCGUCGAGCUGUGGGCCGCGCUGCACACCGCCGGCCCCAGCGCCGUGGUGAGUGUGGGGCCAGCGCUGGGCGGGGCCGCGCGGCAACUACACCGUGCGGCACAGCGCGCGCCUGCGCCUGCCCGUCGAGCUGUGGGCCGCGCUGCACACCGCCGGCCCCAGCGCCGUGCGCGCGCCUGCGCCUGCCCGUCGAGCUGUGGGCCGCGCUGCACACCGCCGGCCCCAGCGCCGUGGUGAGUGUGGGGCCAGCGCUGGGCGGGGCCGCGCGGCAACUACACCGUGCGGCACAGCGCGCGCCUGCGCCUGCCCGUCGAGCUCGCUGGGCGGGGCCGCGCGGCAACUACACCGUGCGGCACAGCGCGCGCCUGCGCCUGCCCGUCGAGCUGUGGGCCGCGCUGCACACCGCCGGCCCCAGCGCCGUGAUAAACGGCAUCGACCCGACGGAGCCAACGUACGUGAUAGUGACGGGGUACGCACCGUACGCACACAGUCCCGUACUCACCAUACCCGUGCAGGGAGUCGAACUGGACUCGAAGGACCUACAAUACGAGUACACGAGCGCGGGUGUACGUGUGUUCUGGAACAGUGCUGGCCCCAGAGUGGUGCGAUUUACGCAGAACAUCACGCAGCCGUUGGAGACCUGGCGGGCUGUGAAUGUCACCGAUUCUAGUGUUGAGCUAACGGACUUAGACCCAAAGUUGCCCGUGUACGUGAUGGUAUCCCUCGCGGGUGUGGGCAAGCGGAACCAGGUGCUGAACAUACCUCCGAAUCCGAACAAUAACUUUGGCUUCCAUUUGGGUAUCGGGUUGGGUGUGUGCUUUUGCGUGAUGUGCGUGUUGGCGGCCAUCUUUGUGUGCGUCUGGAGGAAACGAAAGUCGAGAAAUCGGACACCUGUUAGGGCGCGACGACCAAAUGCAUCGCCGGGUAACGCGGAAGAGGAGGGAUCGGAAAUGAGGGCCGCGGCGCCGCGCGUCAACGGCACCGAGCCGCUGCUCAACGGGCACCUGCAGCAUCACCACCAUGGCAAAAUGCCAAACGGCAAAAUGCGGAAAGGUCGUCGCGUGGACGAGUUGGACGCGUUGGACGUGUCGCGCUACUCACCCGACACGACCGCGGAGACGGUGCUGGACGCCAGCACGCCUUCGCUUCGCCCGCUCGGCCCGCUCGGCCCGCUCGGCCCGCUCGGCCCGCUCGCCGCGCUCGACGUGUCGCGCGCCGAGCCCGAGCCGCUCGCCGAGCCGCUCGGCAAGCUGCCCGACGACAACAUGAACUCGGAGCUCACCCGCGGCCCGCGCUUCCAACUAGACAACAGUAAAAUCCAACCCACGCUCCAGCCGAACGGUUGAGCCCCCCCUCCCCCCCGCCGCCGGAACCACACGGGGGUAGGUGACCCCCCCACACCCCACACACCCCCCACCCCCCGGGGGACGGCGGGCCGCGUCUCGUUCCUAUGCUAGAAUUUAUUUUCGACGAAGGCUGAUUAUUAAACAAUAGUACGGGUAAUUUAGUUUCGAGACGCAGCGCCCGAGCGCACGCGCAGACACACGAGCACCGAACCGUAUUUAUUUCCCCCACUAGAUAGAAGCCCCAGACGCUACAGUUACCGCGCCCCACAUUCCAAUAUAUAUAUAUAUAUUUAUUAUAUACGAAGCGCACACCCGUUACGCGAAUCGAAUUAGAUAGUGAAUAAAAUUAUAUGAAUCGACAACGAACUACCGAUAUUGAGAGUGACAUAGUUUAAUGUUCGUUGAUGUUGAUGUUUGGAGGGGGGUGGAUGGAAGGCUAUGCGUGCAGGCUUGCCCAUUGCUCAAACUUAUUGUGGACGACUCGUCUUUAGAUAAGGUCUAGAAUAAGCGGUGAAAUGUUCUGGGAACGCGUAUUUUGCAAUUUAACAUUAAGGUUCCUAAAGUUCUUUUAGCCGUACGCCCUUUAGAACGAGAAUACUGACCUCCUUUUACGUUAAUUCCCACGUUUUAGAUGUAACGCCAUAUUUGCGUAGCAAGAAAUCCAUCCUUCUCGCUAGCUGAGAGAAGCCCCUACAGUUCGUUGUUUACCCAUAUCACAAUUACAAUCUACCUCAUUUUCUUGAUUAUAAGGUUAAAGUUGAUUAAGUUGGCCCCAGUUGGCACCCGGUUAGGUAGCAUUUGUUUAUUUAUUUCAUAGUUUUUAAGGUUUUGUCCAACAUACAACACUGGAUUUGUCAGCUUUUCGGUACAAGCACCUUGUAGUAAAUUGUAAGUACAAUGUGUUUUAAACAGUCAAAACGUUUAGAGUAUAAUAUUAAAGUAAUUUGCUAUUCAAUACUAACUAAGUAUAAUAAUAUCUGAAUAAAUAAUUAGCACAUAUUGAAUUAAGCCUAAAAUUAAAAGUAGAGGGACGUUCCAAUAAUUGACUAUUACAAAUAAUUUAAGUGUUGUUAUAGUCGUAAACUAUUUUAACUGCUUAUUUGUUUUCAUAAACGAAGAGAUCAUUUUAGAAACAAGAAAAUCAUUUCUGCUUGUUAUAAAAUGCAUUAACUAAU